AUUCACGGUCGGCCCAAUUUUAAAGGCGAUAGACAAAAGGACUAGAGAGAAACAGAGAGACAAUAAAUGAGCCCUGCCCAUCGCCUAAAAGCAUGCACAUUCACUGAUUCCAUGUUCUCUUUACUCUUCUCAGCACAAGCAUCUCCCUCCCUCGUUGCCCUUGAUCAACAAUUAUUUAUUUCCAUUGCUUCGAGAAAAGUAACCAGCCACACUCCAAAACGCCUCUUAAUUCGCUUCUUCCUCUGAUUUCGCUGCCAGCCAGCCACAGAUGCGGACCAUCAUGGCGAAAAGCCUCCACGAGUCCUCCUUCUCCUUCUCCAAGAGACACUUCAGCCACUGGAUGGCCGGCAGGGGAUCCGAGGACAGGAAGAAGAAAGAGGAAGGCAAGGUGGCCGCCGAGGAGAUAUUUACGCUCUCCAGUGCUUGCGACGACGACGUGGACGACAUUGCGCCGCCCGUCAAAGCGGAGGCGCGCAACAAGAGAUCGUCGUCUUCUACAGUGGCGGCCGUCGCCGUGCGGGUCUCGAGGUUCCGCGCGGCGCUGGCCGCGGCGGUCGCCGGCAGGCACAGGCCAGUGGGCUUCGGUCCCCGCGUGACGGGCACCCUCUUCGGGCGCCGCCGCGGCCACGUCCACCUCGCGUUCCAGGCCGACCCGCGCGCGUGCCCCGCGGUGCUGAUCGAGCUCGCGACGCCCACAAGCGCGCUGGUGAGGGAGAUGGCGUCGGGGCUGGUACGCAUCUCCCUCGAGUGCGACCGCCGGGGCUCCGCCGGAAAGAAGCUAGCGGAGGAGCCGCUGUGGCGUGCCUACUGCAACGGGAAGAAGUGCGGGUACGCGGUGCGGCGGGAGUGCGGACCGGCCGACUGGCGGAUCCUCCGCGCGGUGGAGCCGGUGUCGACGGGCGCCGGCGUGCUUCCUGCAGGAGCCGGCGCCGGCGCCGGCGAUGCAGGGGAGACGAUGUACCUGAGGGCGCGAUUCGAGCGCGUAGUGGGGUCCAGGGACUCCGAAGCCUUCUACAUGAUGAAUCCGGACGUCAACAAUGGCGGACCGGAACUGAGCAUCUACUUGCUCAGAGUCUGAAACUUUGUCCUGUCCACUGCCGCUCAUCAAUCAAGUUGCUGUUUAUCAAUCUAUAAUCUUCUUUUUUUCCUCGUAAUCUCGUUAUUACUCUCAUCUUUCACUAGAUUUUUGUAAUUAAGUUGUUUAAGGAGUCUUCGAUGGGAAAUUGGGUUGUAUUGUUGUUGAUCUUUCUUUUCCUUGCAUGUAUAAGAGCCUCAAACUUGAAUUUCUCAUACUUUUUGAGAAAUAUUUCUCAUUUGGAUUAGAGUGAUGCUCCAAUGAAUGUGAUUUUGUGUGAGAAAAA